CUGCCGCCACAGCGGCCACGGAAGUGUUGAUGUUCGAGCAGAAGUGCCUGUGCCGUCAGUUGUUUUGCAAACGCUCACGACUUCAGUACACCGUAGCGGCGGUCCAGGUCAAACACGUUGUCGAGCAUCUAUUACAUUCUUAAGACUCGCAGUGCUCCGUCUUCGGUUAAUUUUGUCGACAUAUUUGUACAAGUUUUUAAAUAUAUUUUUUUUUUUUAUAUAUAUAUUUAUAUAUAUGUAUAUACGCUAUUGAUUGAUUAUAUGUAAUUGUUUGAAAACAAUUCUGUGCUCACAUACUUGUUAUCAAGUGUCCAAAACAUAUUUCAAAUCUAUUUAAUAUUUCUUAAUGUGAAAAAUGGUCAAUUUAAUCAAUUGUGAUGCAAUGAUUUUGCUAAUACAUUAAUUCAAUUCAGAGACAGAAAAGAAAAAUUAUAAAUAAGUUGCACAGUGACGGCAGUUCUCCAAUCCAUCUUUUAAAAUAGAAUGGUACAAUACUACAUUUGUUCAGUAUAUGAAUUAUAAACGAAAUUUGAUUAGCUUCGGUUGAUGCAGUUAAGGCAGCUAUGUAUUAAUAUGGACGGCGCAGAGCGCACGCACAAACGAAGCGGAUCGCUAAAGGAAUAAAACAGGAAGCAGAGAGCAGAACCAGGAAAAUCAAUUGAUUGCGAUGCUGGCCGGUGGCAGCGCAGAAGUUGGAGCUUGUAGAGCAACUGCAAUGUCAAUGCCAGCGGCAACAGGACACCAGCAGACCGCCAGAGCCACGCCCAAACAAAUGCGAAAAAGUAAAACGCCCCAAGCGGGCAUUUUGGCACGCAGCAAUGCCGGCGAGGGUGGCCCACGCAGUGCAAUCACCUCCUCCUCUGCCUCCGCUAAGACGGCCACCAUAAUGACAGCCAGACCAGGUGGGGAGAGGGGGAAUCGCACUAUUGUGUCAGGCGGCGGCAAAGGUGGCUCGUCCGUGGGUGCCAAAAAGCAGGAGAAUGUCGGUGGCUUCGUCGAUGGAGUCGAGAUGUAUCUCGGCCUAAUUGGCUGGCGUAAAAAGUGCCUAUACACAUUGCUGUUACUGUUAAUGCUGCUUAUCAUCACAAACUUGGUGCUAACAUUGUGGAUACUCAAGGUGAUGGAGUUUUCGACGGAUGGCAUGGGUCAACUGAAGAUCGUUCCGGGUGGCAUCCAACUCACUGGCCAGACGGUCAUUAUGGACAUGCUGCGGGCAUCGACAAUACGUUCCAGGCACGGUCAGCCGAUAUCCAUAGAGUCCUCACGUAAUUUUUCAAUCAAUACACGUGACCCGAACGGUGUGCUUGAGAAUCAUUUAUUCCUGGGGCAUGAUAAGUUUGAAUGUCUGUCAGCGGGAUUUCGCAUCAACGAUACCACCGGACGAAAUUUAUUUUCGGUAAAUCGAAAUCAAGUCACUAUCGGAGCGCACUCGCUUCGCAUCGAGGGAGAGGGUGGCGCCAUCUUCCGGGAGUCCAUACAAACACCGCACAUUCGUGCUGAGCCGGGCCGGGAGCUCAGACUAGAGUCGCCUACACGUCAAUUAGAGAUAACAGCCGCAAAAGAUAUCAAUUUACAGUCUCGAGCCGGAGGAAUCGAGCUGAUAGCCCUGGAGGAUGUCAAAUUGCGCGCGCUUGAUGGCAGCCUGCGUUUGGAGUCGUCCAAGAUAAUUAUGCCCAACUUGCGCACUGCUCAGCCGCCGAUAAUGGGAUCUGCUCAGAAUCGAGAUCACAUGCAUCGAGUCUUCCAACUGUGUGCCUGCUUUAACGGCAAACUGUUCCUCGCCUCGCCCCAUUCGAUAUGCGCCGGCGAUGACUCAACAGUUUGUAGAUGAUAAGUUGGUCUGGAGGAGUAAACGUUCCCGCAUAGAAGAACUAUACGUACAUCAUGUGUGUGUGUGCACCUAUAAGCAAAAGUAUUUAAUAUAGCCAUGAGCAUAUGGAAAUGCAAUCGUAAUUAUAGAUCAUAUGUAGAGCAUAGCGCAUCAUAAUUGGUGCCCACAUCAUAUAGGCAUAACAUAUACUCGUGCAUACGUAUACUGUACAUAUUAUUCAUUUGCAACAAAUAAUAUAAUAUUUAUUGUUCUUAAACAACGACGCGAAUACAGCUAUAGAGCAUAUGCUCUAUGAAUACAUUAGUAUCGAUAUUAUUAUAUGUUGCAUAUAAGCUGAUGAAUAGGCCACAAAGUCUUUGGCCAUAUAGUGCUACUAGAUGCCGAUGUACCGUUGUUGUUUCUAUUUAAAAUCCACAAUACGGCGAGAUUGUCGAGAAUCUGAAUAGUGCUAACUGUAGUUGUAAUGUCUAUGUACGUAUGUCUGUCUAUAUACAAGUAACUCGAAUCAACUAGUGCAAUACAUAUUCAAUAACUUAACAUAUUGGGGUAUGCAGCUAUUUUUAUUAAUCGAACUAGCCCUCUAUAUGCAUACAUAUAUACAUAAAUAUGAAUGAAUACUGAACACGAGAACAAAAUCGAGAGCUUCUUGCACUUGCACGUUGUGUACAUGCAGUUAAUAUAUCAACAUACGAAGUUUACAACUAAGUAAUACUAUAUAUAUAUAUAUGUAUAUAUAUAUAAUGCUAAUCUAUAAGUGGUGGAUAUCUACCUGCAUACCUUACCAGCACGUGGGAAUAACAGUUCAAUUCGGUGCGAAUGCCACCAACAUCAGCCCAAUCAAAUUUAAGACGGUGCCUCUUUUUGACAGAUAGGACCAGAACUAGAUUUCAUUUUCACAUCACAUCUCAUUUGAACCACACCAGCUUGUUUUCAAUAUAGGAUCAUUUGAAUGGGUAUAGAUGCCCAAAGCUGUUAAUUUGUUUGAGAUUGAGCUGGAGUGAAUAUAAAUUACUUUCCAAGUAUCGGGAUCGUUGAAAGAGAAAUAAGCGAUGUAUUUAUUCACAUACGUUAUGUAUAUAAAAUGAAUGAACACACAUUUUCCUACAUGAAGAAGAUGAACAUUAUUACUCAGUAUGUACCAUUAAUGUAAUCUCGAAAAAGCUUAUGUACAUAGGUCGGAAAUCAGAUAAGUGCAGAAAAAGGUAUACAAAUAAAAUACGUUUGUAGCAAUUGUUGUUAAAUGCUAACAGUAAAUAACGAAAAUCUAACAUUAAUCACAA